AUGAAACGGGGGUGGACAUUGAGGAAUGCAUUGGAUGGUGGCAACUACUUCCGAAACUUGUUUUCGGUGCUGUUUGGUCGCGACGUGGGGAGCGAAGAGUUCGAUAUGUGGCUUGCUGGAGUUAGUGAACCACCCGCCCUUACACUGCGAGACCUGGAAAAGUGGCUCAUCAAGACCAAGGCGAACGUCGUCGUGUGGUCACACAGGGGCUCUGGUGAUCACGUUCUCGGGCCAAUCGACAAGAAAACAGACCUCCGGCCGCGAGGAUUACACGUUGGAGUUCGUGAGGGACACGUUUACCGGUUGGAGCUCGACGGGCCAUGGUGUAACCGGUUUGGAUCAUCUUUGGACGUAGCAUCGAACAUAGUGUCAGAACCCAGCGUAGAUUCCGUCGGACUGCCGAGGCGAUCCAAGCAGCCAGCACGGAAAAAGCGGAAGCGUGGAAGAACAUCAGAGUUCAAUAUGUGGCUUUCCAGCUACAGCCACUGGGACUCCCUGUCGGUGUCGGCACACGGUAUAACCAUCCGAACGUGGUGCAGCGCGAGCAUGGGCGGACUCGAUCCUGAUGGGUUCGAGCCCGACCAAGCGACAAGAUUGAUCGAGCUGCACAAUGAGCUGGGUCUGAAGUUUUUCCACGCCGUAUUUGACUUUAGAGUGUCGAGCCAGUAUAGCCAGUCCCUCCUCGCCCUUCUCGAGGUAUGCUGGCGGGGACCAAUCGUCGGUGCCGAGGAAGUGUCGGGGACUUCAUACGGGACGGAAGGUUGGCAGUGUGACAUCAACGGGGCACACACUGCGGCCCUUAUGAGCAUGGAGGUAGUGCCCGUUUUCGGCCACGUGGAUGAGGUGGAGGAGUACGAUGACCACGACAUUGAGAAUUGGACCCUGCACAAAAUAGAACUGGAUGCACUCGGCAAACCUGACGACGUAUUCUUGAACGCGGAUGUAUCACCAGUCUUCGGUCGAAACUACAAGCGUUACCUCGACCUCGUCGACACUGCUGCUCGCCAUAGAGUUACCCAUUUCGUGCGGCCGUCGAGGGUAGUCAGCAUGUGUCACAUACCCACCCUGGCGAAAGACCUGCUCGCGCAUGAGUUGGGUUAUCCCCUCCUACAGGAUGCAGACUACAGGAUAGACGCUGUCAUGGUUACGGGCUGUGACGAGGCUUUCGCUGUGGGCGGCAAAAUUGUGCCUGUCCUAGGCGAGGUCGAUCGCGUGAAGGCUGAACUUCGGACGGGACAGGAGAAGCUUGGGAUCGAGUCACUUCGCACCGGUGAUACAUACCUUUGUUUGGAUGCGGAACGAACAUGGUACAGAGAUGGUUUCUGGGCGUUGGGUGCGCUCAUUCUUGACGAAACUCGAUUGCGAGUGUUGGAGGCGAGGAACGCUCUCGAAUCUUGCGGCGCGUCUGACUUUAGCUACCAGUGCGACGCGCGAUUUUUAAGCAUGAUCCUGGCUGCUGCCCAUAGCAGCGGCACACACGUGAUAGGGACAUACGACACGCACCAACUCCAACCCGUGUGCGAUAGCAGCGGCAUGUCAAUUAGCAAGGACAACGUCGACAUGAGGGUCAUCCUCGAAAACGCCUUCCCCAUAUGCUUUCUCGUCUUCGCGCAAAAGCGGGAUAAAACUGUCGAAGAACAGGUGGAGAUGGACGACGGCCUCUUGUACAUUCUGGCUGCAGGAGACGACAGCCACGAGGCGCAAACUCGAGCCAUUGAGAGGUUUGGUCGUGCUCAACACCGGGACCUCGGGGACCUGGGCAAGUUUCACAGGAAUCACACCUACAACAGCAUCCGAUCCUCAGCAGAUGAGGUCGUUGUCGCAAGCGUUUUUGACGGGGCCGUCAGUCUGGAGGAGACGCCCGGCAUCCUCACGCCGACGUGCACUGACUGGCUGUACACGGCUGUCAGUCGAGCGACCGGACCCUCGAACGUGAGGGUCAUCGACGAUAUUCACCGCAGCGAGAGCAACAUGUUCGACCGAGAGAAAGGUGGAAGGCACAGAGAAGCCCUUGUUCAACAACUCCUGCACUCUUACGGAGGUAGAUGCAACCUGUGCACCUGCGAGCUUGUCUGGGCUAUUUACAGUGAACGGCAGCCAACGCUCGAUCGCCUCGACUGCUCGCUGCCCCACACCGCGGAAAAUGUGGACGUGAAGUGCCUAACUAAGGUGCAAUCGCACUCGUGGUCCCGUCAAGAUAGAAAUCCGGCAAUUGCUCGUCCUUCUCAAGAAGAAGUCAUCCACGGCCAAGAAGUCGAAGAUGCCGAAGGGAUACCUGAAACAGCUACAGACGGCCUGGGAUCGCGUUGUGUCAUUCGGGAAAUAAGACCUUCCCCGAAAGUGGUCGGCCCGGCGCGCGAUACACUCGCGGAAGGUGUCUUUCACUGGACUCACUCGCCGAUAUUGGCGACCUCCUUAGGAAUGUGCGCUUGCUACCGCCCUACGUCUCCCGGUUAGAGCUCACCCCGGAGGAGAAAAGCAUACCGAGAAUAAAACGACAGGAAUCCUUGGAGGUCAAGUGCAGACGUGGAUUAACGGUGCACGCGAGCGAUCUCAUCGACACCGUGGAGUCCAUCAUCAGAUACGCACGCCCGAAUUACUUUGAACUUGCUUGCGCGUUGUCGUUUGUGUCCGGCAGGGGUCUAGCGGAGCUUGCCGGGAACGCCGACUUUUCCCCGGGCGCACGUGGCCCCUACGAGGCAGAGGUUAAGAUGGAAACUUUGACCCGGCUCCUCCUGUUGUGCGAGUACGACCACUUCAUCGAAGGUCUCAAAAGGUUGCGCGGCAUGACACCUCCUGUCUCACGGCCGCAGAGAUAAAUCAACGUUACAGCAAGUCAGCCAACAUCGCAGCUAGGAAACUUUUGCCGACGGAUGGCGGUCGACACGUGUUUGGCGAUCUUAAGGUUUUCAUGCCGCGAUUUCCUACCGUGUAUUCAGAGGACACGACUU